ACAAAUUAACUAUACAAAUUGUUCAACACCAAUCUAGAAAACUCAAGAAAAUUGAAGCAAAUCACAAAUUAUCCAUAAAUAACAUGAUUAAUUGAAAACUUCUUCCUUUCAAUUAAGUUUCUUCACUCUCCACUCGAUAACAUCAACUUCAUUCUACAUAAUUUGAAAGAAAAAAUUAGACAUGUCUCCACAAACAUAAAUAAGAUUAUUGUUUAGAAUAUUAAAUAUAUCGAGAAAAUUAACUAUAUGGGUGUGAGCGGGUACCCAUGAGUCGGGUUUACCCAAACCCAACCCAACCCGGUGAAUAGUGAACGGGUUUAAACCCAAACCCGGCCUAAAACCCGUCACAGAUUUUACCCGUGUUGACCGGGUUGGGUCGGAUGGGUACCCGUGGGUUCGGGUUUUGUUGCCAUCCCUAUUGAUAUAUAAUCUAGGACGUUAACAGGAAGAACUAGCUAGCUAAUAAUUCAUACCGGCCGGCGAUGAUGCUGAUCGAUUCGCUGAAGUAAUAUAUAUAUGACUCAAAAUUAUUUAGAGGAAUCAUCCUCAACAACCCGGCGGCCUAGAAUCUUUAACUAAAUUGCUAAUUACACACACAAAUUAAUUAAGAUACCCUUGCAGUUUCCAUAUAUAUAUAUCCUAUGCAAGCAAGCAAGCAAGGUUGUAGUAUCAUAGUUAGUUGUUUCCCUCUUCGAUCGAUCGGUGCAUGCCUUUGUAGUCAUAAACAACAAAAAAAUCAAACUCCACGCACGGUAAUUAAGCACCCGGCCGCCGUGCGCCUGAGAAAAUGGAUCUCUACUUGUUCCUUAGUUGCUCACUCUGCCUCAUUUUCACCGCCACCUUCCUCCAUUUACUAGGGAGAUCAAAAAGCAGCAGCGACCGAGCUCCGGCGGGCAAACUCCCCCCGGGUCCCACCCGGCUGCCAAUCAUCGGCAACCUCCACAAUCUGGGCCCCAACCCUCACAAAUCACUGGCCGAUCUCGCCAAGGUCCAUGGGCCGUUGAUGAGCCUCAAGCUGGGCCAAGUCACCACCAUCGUCGCUUCUUCCCCUGCCAUGGCCAAGGAAAUCCUCCAAAAGCACGACAAAGUCCUAUCCAACCGCCACGUCAACCUCGCCAUGGAAGCCCUCGACCACCACAAAUUCUCCCUGCCGCUUCUCCCCGUGGAGUCCAAGUACUGGAGGAACCUCAGGAAAGUGUGCAACUCCUACAUCUUCACCGCCCAGAGGCUGGACUCCAACGAGGAGCUCCGGAGGGUCAAGGUUGCGGAGCUCGUGGAAGGUGUUCGACGAAAUGCCUCUGAGAGGCCCGGGGAGGCGAUUGACGUUGCGAGGGUGGCCUUCAGGGCCACUCUCAACGCCAUGUCGUCCACCAUUCUUUCGAUGGAUCUUGCGGACGAGGAGAGGUCGGAGGCCGCCAGGGAGUUCAAGGAGCUUGCGAGGGGGAUUAUGGAAGACUGUGCGACGCCCAAUUUGGGAGACUUUUUCCCUCUCCUGGCGAGGAUGGAUUUGCAGGGGAUCAAGAGGCGGGUGAAGGGUCAUUUGAGAAAGGCUUUGGAUCUGUUUCAAACUGUCAUCGACAACCGGUUGCGGAAUCGGAAGUCCGAGAGCUAUGUCUCCGCUAACGACAUGCUCGACACGCUUCUUGCCAUCGGGGAGGAGGAGGAGGAGGACAAGGACAAGGCGGCUGCCAUGGAUCCACUUCGCAUCCAACGCUUGUGCGUGGAUCUCUUCGUAGCAGGUACCGAUACAACUUCAACCACGCUAGAAUGGGCAAUGGCAGAGCUUCUCCGCAAUCCCAAUACACUUGCUAAAGCUAGGGAAGAACUGGACGCAACAAUUGGGAAAGGCAAUAAUUUUCAGGAGUCGGACGUCUCUCGAUUACCGUAUUUACAAGCAAUAUUAAAAGAGACAUUCAGGCUACACCCAGCAGCUCCCCUCCUACUUCCGCGCAAGGGAGGAGAAGAUGUAGAGAUUUGUGGUUUUACCAUGCCCAAAGGUGUGCAAAUUCUAGUCAAUGUGUGGGCCAUAGGUCGGGAUCCCAUGAUAUGGGAUGAUCCCAACGCAUUUGUGCCGGAAAGGUUCUUGGGUUCCGAGCUUAGUGCUAAGGGAAACAGUUUUGAGCUGCUUCCAUUUGGCGCAGGGAGAAGGAUCUGCCCAGGAUUGCCUUUGGCACUGCGGAUAUUGCAUAUGAUGUUGGGUUCCUUGAUCCAUUGGUUUGAUUGGAAGUUGUCAGAUGGGGUCGAGCCAGAGAAGUUGGAUAUGGACGAAAAGUUUGGGAUGGCUUUGCAAAAGGCCAAACCUUUGCUUGCCAUCCCUACUCCCAGGUAAUCAGAAAAUCUGUAAUUGAAAGCAACUGCUAUUGUGAUCGAUGUGGCGUUUGGCAUUCUGAAUGUAAGUGGUUUGUGGCAUUUUCUUUGAAUUGGUAAUAUGUAAGAGACAUUUUGAUUUGGCAAGCAUGUGGGAAUGGUGAUUGUAAUAAUACAAAUAUUGCGUGAUAUAUAUUAUGAGCACUGAUACACAAUUGUGUUGCAGCAUUUGAAAUAGGGACCAAUCCAUCAUAUGUAAACAUAGUGCACAUAAACUCAUGUAAAUAGCAAAAUCAUAUAUCAAAAGAAUUGGUAUACGAACGAAACAAUAAUAGUAAUAUUAUUAUACAUCAUAUUUAUAUUUGAUCGAUGACUUUUGAAAGUUGGUAAUUAAGUAAAAGUAAAAAU